AUAUAGCUCAGAGGGAUCCUUCAACAUAGAAAUGAGAGUUCUUCUUUGAUCCUGUCAUGUAUGAGAUAUUUGAUGGAUAGCCUGUAUAGGAGGGAUGGUAAUACCGAAUUAAUAUAAAAUUAGUCAAGUGAUAUACAUAGAAACAUAGCACUACUCCAUAGUGACUAUGUAUACCACACUCAAAGGCUGUCACAUUCGCUUUUUGCAUUCUACUGUGCUUCGUUGCUUGGGAUAUAUUGCCAGACUGGGCUUUAUGCUUAGAUGGGAAGGCAUGGCACAAACUGCUCGUCUAACGUGAACUGCUGUACUACAUUGAGGACAUACCUUGCUCAGUUUGUUGUCCAUCGAGAACAGAGAUCAACACUGACAGAGGAGAAAAACUCAAAAACCGCUUGCUCGUCCAAGGUCAACUAAAAUAACCACGUGGCAUCUCGCAGAUGCGCAGCUCCGGCAAACGAUAGUUACGGCAACAUAUGCGCGUGCGCGAUGGAUCGCUCGCGUCUGAUGCUCCGGCAAAUGGUAUACACCCACAUACGCGCAUGCGCGAUGGAUCGCUCGCGUAUGCUUUUUCGCUUGUUUUCACGCCAUAUCUCUGGAACGCAGUCAUUUCAGGAAAAUCGCCACAUUAAUAUCCAUCUUCUCGUUAUUCACAACCCUUUGGUGCCACUUACUGGCCGCCUCGUAGCCUGUAGUGCGAGAACUCGCGCGGACAGACGGACGGACAGAAUGACAGAACGACUACCGUAACCCUCGCUGCGCAUGCGCGCCGAGGGUUAAUUAUGUAUGUACAUGAUACCGCUAAGAGCAAAGUAUAGUCAUUUGGGAGGGCGUCUAUUCAUGAUUGUUAUAGUCUUUCAAGUGCUCUGCUGAAGCUGCAAAUGUGAUGAAAUAUUUUCCAUGUAUGGCGUUAGCUACCAGCCUUGCUCAUGACUACGUAGUUAUCUCUUGUCUGUGUCAAACUUAUUCUCAACGUACAUCAUACACUAUUGAUUACACACUCUGCCUUCUUAGCAAGAACCUGCACAUGUGCUAACAUAUCCGAGCACGGAGUACAUACACCAACAAGCCACGGACACAUUAAUGUGUCCAGAGCUUCAUAAGUCCAUAAGAAUUUAUAUGGGGGUUACAAUACUAUGCGCUAAUACUUUAUAAAUCAAUUUCUGCUCAUUUAAGCAGAUACCCAUGGCGUCCAAAUGGUUAAACAUUCAUUAGUAGGAUCUACGUAUGCUGAGCUGUGCUAAUUAUUCAUGACUAAUGGCAUUCUGUUGCAUGUGUCGCUUGCACGUGACCAUGCCUUGCUCCAUUUCAUCUCUUUCUCGACUCUGACAACCCCAACUUUGAACACACAUGCAGUAGAUCAUCUGGAGCACUUACCCUACUUUCCACCAUGGAUUACAAGAUUUAGACUCGGCAUUUUACACAUUCUGAUUGGUCGAUUCAAUUCCGACACAGUCUUAGUAACCGUACAUUCGACGAGACCUCACUCCCUCCUUCGCUGACCGUCUGAAGGCUCAGACCACUCUGAGAGAAAAUAGGUAAACUCUACUUUAGUGAAACAGGGACCACCUACCUAUAUUAGCAGUGAGCAGAACGAAUGUGGUAUAUACAGCUAUGACAGGAUAACUAAAAACACCAGUCAAGAGGCUGUCCACAUGUUGCCAGGCACCCACAUGAUGAAAGUCAGUGGUUUGGAGUGUGGUGAUAAGUGUGCCUCAAAUAUGUGUCCCUUGUCCUAGUAUCCUAUAUAUAUACCUCUAAUGAAGUGUGUCCUGUGUCCUACCUCUAAUGAGUGUGUCCUGUCCUCUAUCUCCAGAUCCAAAGAGAGGAAGAAGAGAAAGAGGGAGGGGGGAGUGGAGGGAGAGGAAGAGGAGGGAGGUUCCCGGCAUGACUCUCAGGACAGCCAGAAGACUGAGGAGGGGGACCUGGGAGAGGCGACCUGGGAGAGGCGCACCUGGGAGGCCGACCUGGGAGGGGGACCUGGGAGAGGAGUGGAAUGCCGUCCAAGACCUUCUCUGAGAUGAUGGCUGUUCUCAGGAAGUUUGUCUCCUUCAUGAACCUCACUGGCUCCAGUGGUACAGGACUGGAGAAUGUCCGUAGGAUCAUCAAGUAUCUCGAGGCAGUCUGAAUUCUGAACUCUUCUCGUCAUCUUUGCAAUUGUCUAUCGAUGACUGCCGCUAUUUGCAUGACUAACUCUUGACUCACCAAUUCACUAUUUCCCCCGUUUUUUCUAUGAUUUAUUUAUCAGUUGGUGACAAAUAG